AUUGCUCAAAUUAUCGACCCGGCCUUCACAAGCGGCAUUGCCUCCAAACCGCUACGAUCCCGACCGAUAGCUCUGAGCCGAAAACCAAAUCCGUCGAGACCUCGACUACCGUCGCACGCCCUCGGCACCACGAGUCUGCCAUCCCGAGUCAUACCCAGCGCGCGCGCGAAAGACCGGACCCCCGGGGGACCAACCUGACCUAUUCAUCACGAAGCAGUUCUCUAGCACGAUGGCUGAAUACGACUCCACUUACCAGGGCGACGCUUGGGGUGACAAUGGGGGGUAUGAGGAGACAAUUGGCGGCGAACAAGAGCAUAUUCAGCAGCAUAGCACCCAUCAAGAUCAAGCAGAGUAUUCCGUUGAUCCAAGCCAACGACAUGCUCCAGGUGACCUGCCAUCUCCUGAUGGUGACACCGAUGACGGGGGCGAGUACGAUCCUGAAUCGGUCACCACUGCGUCAGCCGCUGGUGCCGCGCUCCAGCCAGCUGCGGACCACAUGCCCCUCAGAACUUCACCCCAGCGGGCUGCUAAGAAGAAGCCACGCACGGCAGGAGGCUUCCUAGUGGGAGACUCCGACUCUGAAGAUGACGAGGCGCCUGUGCCUGCAUCGCACUCUGCUGUCCUGCGCUCCCCUCUCCAACACCCCAUUACUGCCAAACAGUCUGCUGUCGCCCCUUCCAGUGCGGAUCCUGCUUCCCGCGAGAAUGCCCCGGCGGCUGCUCCUGCCGGCCGGCGGGAGGAUGCCCCCCCAGCGCAAGCUCGGGUUGACAAGGUCGCGCAGCUAGAGGCCCGCAUUCGCGAUGAUCCCCGAGGCGCCAUGGAUGCGUGGUUGGCGCUGAUCGCAGAGCACCGCGCCAAGAACGACAUCGAACAAGCGAGGCAGACCUAUGAGCGCUUUCUUGCCGUCUUCCCUCAAGCUGCCGACGUCUGGGUCGAUUACCUCGCCAUGGAGUUGGACAUGAACAACUUCCCAGAAGCCGAGCUCAUCUUCAACAAGUCUCUCAUGUCAACACUCAAUGUGAACUUGUGGACCAAGUACCUCGACUACAUCCGUCGGAGGAACGACCUGAACGAUAGCACCGGAAACGCUCGCCAGACCGUCUCCCGCGCCUACGAGUUUGUGAUUGACAAUAUUGGCUUGGAUAAAGACUCUGGCAAGAUCUGGGCUGAGUACAUCCAGUUCAUCAAGUUCGGCCCGGGAACCGUCGGCGGAAGCCAAUGGCAGGACCAACAGAAGAUGGAUCAGCUUCGCAAGGCGUACCAGCGAGCGAUUUGUGUGCCCAUCGCGAACGUCAAUACCCUGUGGAAGGAGUACGACCAGUUUGAGAUGGGUCUUAACAAGUUGACCGGCCGUAAGUACCUGGCGGAAAAGUCUGCGUCAUACAUGUCGGCGAAGAGCGCCUACACGGCCCUCGAAAACAUCACACGGGGGCUUCAGCGGACGACUCUCCCACGUCUCCCGCCGGCGCCUGGCUUUGACGGUGACCAGGAGUACAUGGAGCAAGUGGAGCUUUGGAAGAAAUGGAUCGACUGGGAAAAGUCGGACCCCCUUGACCUCAAGGACGACAAAGACCAGCCUGGCAUGUACCAGAAGCGCGUUGUCUAUGUCUAUAACCAAGCGCUCAUGGCCUUGCGGUUUUGGCCCGAGAUGUGGGUCGAUGCUGCGCAGUGGUGCUUCGACAACAACAUCAGAGCCAAGGAUGGCGGCUCGGCCGGCCUUGAUUUCCUCCUCAGGGGUAUUGAAGCAAAUCCUGAGAGCGUCUUGCUCGCUCUAAAGCACGCCGACUACAUCGAGUCCACCUAUCCGAUUGAGGAGAAUGACGAAUCAAAAAUUGCCCGUGGGAAGGCGGUGCGUGCGCCCUAUGACAAAGUCCUGGACACGCUCUACGGCAUCGUCAAGGGCCUCAAAGAGCGGGAAACCGCCGAGCUCGCGCGGAUCGAGGAGGCUGCGAAGUCAUCUGGCGAGACCCCCACCAACAAGUCUGAAGAGGAGGAUGAGGAUGAAGACGAAGCGGGCUCCUCAGACAAGAGGGGCAAGGAGACCAGGACGAACGACCAGAUCCGGGCCAUCAAACAAGGCUAUGCCGCCCAGACUCAGCUGCUUUCGCGGACCAUCUCGUUCGUCUGGAUUGCCUUAAUCCGGGCGAUGCGCCGUAUCCAAGGCAAGGGCAAACCCAACACCGAGAUGGGUGGCAUGCGGCAAGCCUUCCAAGAUGCCCGCCACCGGGGCCGACUCACCAGCGAUGUUUACUCUGCUGUCGCCCAGCUAGAGUGGACCAUCUAUAAGGACCCGGCCGGCGGCAAGAUCUUUGAUCGUGGUGCGAAGCUGUUCCCCGAGGACGAGAAUUUCACUUUGGAGAACAUCAAGUAUCUCCAUUCCCGUGAUGACUACACAAAUGCUCGCGUCCUCUUCGAGACAGUUGUCAACCGCUUGACGCAAAAACCUGAGCUUGUGCACAAAGCCAAGCCUCUCUAUGCCUACUUUCAUAAGUACGAGUCGCAGUUCGGCGAGCUGGCCCAGAUCGCCAAGUUGGAAAAGCGCAUGGCGGAGCUCUUCCCCGAGGAUCCGAAGCUUGCUCAGUUCAGCGCGCGGUAUUCGAGCGACAAGUUCGACCCCAUCGCAGCGCGCAUCAUUGUCUCGCCCGCGACCCAACUUAGGCCAAAAGUCCUGGUGCCCUCCAUCGAGCAAGGCACCUCCCUCCAAAACUCGCCUCGCCCGCCUCCCUUCGCUUCCCGCGUCAGUCCCGCGCCUCAGUUCCAGCCGGCCACGAACUCUCCUAAGCGACCAUUGCCCGCAGAUGACUUCGACGAGCCACCACGCAAGAUCCAGCGCAAUGAAUUAGGGGAGUUCCAGCGAGGCGCUUCGCCGCUCAAGGGCGCCGCAGGCCGCCGGCUGGACCAGCAGCGCCGGUUGCAGGGCCAGAGCGCAGCCUCGUAUACCGCUGCACCGGCUCCGAUAGCGCGGGAUAUCACCUUCCUCCUCAGCCAAAUCCCUCGGGCCGAGUUCUACGACUUCCACCGCUUCAACCCCGCCAGGAUGACAAACCUGCUGCGCGACACGCCGAUUCCCGACUAUCAGGUGUGGAAGAAUACCCGCCCAGGCCCGGACUAUCCCGGCCAGUACGGCGGCUAUCAGAGCCGCGACUCCCCGGCACCCGCCGGCCGGCCGCUGAGCCCUUACCUCGGAGGCGGCCGCGCGCCGCCCACCUCCGGCGCUCCAUACAGGCAGUCCCCCAUGCGGCCGGGCUCCAGCGGAUCAUACGAGCCCCCGCCGGCCGUAUACGCGCCGCCUCCCCAGGCAGCCUACGGCCACCCGCCACCCGUGCAGUAUGAAGGCGGCGCGGGCGCCGCGUGGCCGCCCUAUCCGCCUCCACCUGUGGCUCAGCAGGGAUACGGGGCUCCGCCGCCGCCGCAGUUGGGCUAUGGCCAGGCGCCGCCACCACCGCCGGCGCAGGGUGGCUAUCCCCGGUAUCCGCCGGCCCCUUACUAGGAUCGUUGGAUAAUGGCCGGCGGGAACAUGUGCGCGUUGAUGGGGCAAAGCAGGCCGUCUUGACCUGGUUGGAAGCAG